AAAGCAAGGUGCUACAGCUGCAAACGCACGGGUCACUUGGCUCGAGUAUGCGGACAACGCCCGCCGGGUGCGGGAAAAAUUCACGCCGUUGCCGACCAGCAAGAAGAUAAUGAGAUGAUGCUCUACGCCGUACAUCACGCCGGCCUUGCGAAGCAGCCGUAUCAGGUAGAACUUAUGCUCGGAAGGAAGCGCGUGCAGAUGCAAGUAGACACAGGAGCCGCUGUUUCUCUGAUAUCGGAAGACCUAUGGAAGCAGCUAGUGAAUCCUCCCCCGCUCACACCGUCUACGGUUAAGCUGAAGACUUACGGAGGAGCACCGCUGGAAGUGAAGGGGCAAGCCGAGGUUCCGGUCGAGUACAACGGACAGCGCAAAAUUCUACCAGUAGUUGUGGUGCCAGGAAACAAGCCAGCGCUACUUGGACGCGAUUGGAUUGAGAACCUAGACGUCGACUUGAAUGGCAUUCACACGGUGCAAGCGGAGCUUACGGCUGACAACCUUGUGAAAAGGUGCCGACUACAACGAAUGCCUGGCACGUGUAGAAGCAGUCCUGCAGCGCUUCGAGAAGCACGACGUCAAAGUAAGGCACGAAAAGUGCAAAUUUUUUGUGAAGUCCGUAAGGUAUCUGGGCCACGUCAUUGAUGAGACAGGCGUGAACCCUUGCCUUG